AUGGAGGCCAACGACUCGAUCCACGUGGCCCAGCAAAGGCGGCGUGAUAGGCUGAGAAUCCUUCACCAGCAAGCUUAUUACAGUGCAAAUCAACUCCCAUUCUCAUCCCAGCAGGAGGAUGUUCUAAUUUACCAACGGAGGGACUGUUUGGCUGCACAUGAUGAACAAGAACUACUUGACAAUGAAAAUAAUAAUAACAACAACAACGAUUUGUGUAGACAAGUCCCCACAGUUAGCUUCAAUCAGGUUUCGGACAAGCAGCCUUACUUUGGCUCACACUCCGCCACCGACAGUUGUUGGGGUCAGGGUCCGAAUACCGUUCCCGGGGUGGGCCUUCCCGGCGAUUUUCAUCCUUGCAAUCUGGAUCAGCAGUCCCCUAAUUGUGGCCUUGUGAAUCCUUCAUUUAAUCAGAAUCCACUGCAGGAGCUGGUCUCCAGUUGUGAUCAUUUGCAGUCCAGUAGCCCCGAAGGGACUUGGUCAGUGGACGGCGGUCUUCUUUCGAGCCAGGAUAACUUGAUCCGUCAUUUCGCAGAUGGUGUUCACUACACUCAUCGGGGACUUGCUCUCUCGCUCUCGUCCCUCCCGUCUGCUCAGUUUGCCCAAGGAGAUUUCACUUUUUUGGCCAAUGAUAAAGUUUCUCGUCAAGGGGCUCAGGCUGCUUCGGCACACAAUCGGUGCCCUGGCCCGCUUGGGCCUUUCACGGGCUACGCCACGAUUCUGAGGACUUCGAGGUUCCUGAGGCCCGCGCAGGUGUUGUUGGAAGAGCUCUGUUGCAUGGCCCGGCCUGUCGAUACUCAAACGUGUGAGGGGCUAGGUAAGAUUUUAGAGCAAGAUAGGGUUUCUGUUGAAGAUGAUGCUCAACUCGGAUCAAACCCAAUAGCUGCUGGCUCGUUAUUUGGGUCUAACGGAUCUAAUGAAAAGAUCCGGGAGGGUGAGGGUGCCGGUGGAUGGACGUACUCUUGCCUGCCCAACAAUUUUCAGAAGAAGGCAAAGCUAUUGUGUAUGCAGGAUGAGGUGUGCAAAAGGUACAAACAGUAUCAACAGCAGAUGCAAAUGGUGGUCUCAUCCUUUGAGUCCGUGGCAGGCCUAAGUGCCGCCACUCCAUACAUUUCUUUAGCUUUAAAAAUGGUGUCGAAAAACUUCCGGUGUCUAAAGAAUUCCAUAACCGACCAACUCAAGGACAUUCGUGGCGCGAUUGGAGAGGUUCCAUCAUCACCAUCGGCCGGUACAAGCAGCGGCAAAGUUGGUGCUAGUAGUUCUAUGAUUAAGUUUUUCGACCAAAGCUUUCAGAAGCAGAACAAUGUGGGCCUUCUUCAAGGCCAACAUGUUUGGAGGCCACAAAGAGGCCUUCCCGAACGGGCUGUCUCUAUUUUACGUGCGUGGCUGUUUGAUCAUUUUCUUCAUCCGUAUCCCACGGACACGGACAAGCACAUGCUGGCUGCACAAACUGGUCUAACAAGAAACCAGGUGUCAAACUGGUUCAUCAAUGCCCGAGUCCGUGUGUGGAAACCAAUGGUGGAGGAGAUUCACAUGCUGGAGACAAAAGGAAAUUCGAACAUGUGCACGGAAGAUAAAACUGCAACAGCCACUGUCUGCGGUCAACCAAACGACACAGCUGGUCAGUGCUCAAAUACAAUCCGAAGGAGCAGUUGUUCGAGUUUGGAUCCUACCGAAAAGCGAUCUAGAAUGAAUUACUACCACGUUCCUAAUAGUGACGCUAUUAACGGAUCGUUAAUGGGGUUUGUACCACCAUCUAAUGGAGUCGAAAUGGCGGGAUUGGGUCCGGUUUCGUUGACUUUAGGCCUCAGGCAAAGUGCCGAGAACGGGCAUCAGAUGCAUUAUGGAAGUAGGGUUCUUAGAGACUUUGUUGGCUGA